UUAAGAAUCACAUGAAAACUUUCCCAUCAAAAGUCAGUUUCUUUCCAGUGUUUCAAUCAAUUAUUCACUGAUUUUAAAUUGAUACAUACCGUAAAACAUUGGACAAAAACCACACAUGCGCAAGAAAAUUAAUACCCUUUGGAGCGAUUGGUAAAUAACUACUUGCCUCUCAAACACUCCUUUGACAACAAAAUUGAAUAUUAAAACAUGCUGACACGACUGCUGUGAGAAAAAUAUUGCAUACUAUGAAGUGGUAGUAAUGUAAUAUUUUAGCCAUCGUAGCUGUGAGAUGGAAUCCCCUCACCUUCAGAAUGACAACUUUUCAGGAAAUUAAAAAAAGGAAAAAAAUACAGCUUGCUUGUGUUUCCAAAAACGGCUUUGUUCAACUUGGUCGUGUUUUGUUGCAACACAUGAACAACAGCUUGCGCCCCAAAAUCAUGUUGAAUCACAAAUUAACUGCGCUAAAGAAAAUAACCAAUUUAUGAAUUGGGUUGGAGAAGGAUGUCAUCAUAAUGCCAAGUGCCCAUGUUGCACGUUUGAUAUGGCGUGAUUACAUCGGAAGUGAGUGUAGUUUGCGCAGAUAGAUGAGAAUCCGUGCGGGACAGCGUGAUUGCUGCAGAUGAUGUGGGCAUUACCAAAUUCACCUCCUUCGCCUGAACGCUCGAGGCUGGGACAGCUGAACUAGUCCGCGAAGGAAAGUUGGUGCCUCCCAGAGAGGAAGCCCGCCCCUUGCCAAAUUUACAGCAUUGAUGAAUGCGUCAGAUCUCGGAAGCUAAGCGGGUUUGGCCCUGGUUGGUACAUGGAUGGGAGACUGCCUGGGAAUACCAGGUGCUGUAAGCUUCUCUCCCUGGAUCCAGAGGGGUUGCGUCAGGAAGGGCAUCCGGCGUAAAACUGUGCCAAACAAAUAUGCGUUCAUCUAAGAUGACACGCUGUGGCGACCCCUAACGGGACAAGCCGAAAGGAAAAGAAGAAGAAGAAGAAGAUGAAUGUGUCCAAACGUGUCAUGAGAACAAACUCAAAUGAAGAACGCAAGGCAAAGCGAUCUUUCGCAUCCGGUGGGUAAAGAGCAUUAAAAUUACACCAAAAAAUGGCAGGGAAGUAUCACAUCCUUACGAGCCACAGGCAAUAAUGCAAGAAACACAGCUUCAUGUCCCAAAACUGUCAACUAUCAUCACUAAAACAAAGAGACAUUUGUACUCAAGGCACGUUAAUAUUCUGAAAAUAUGAGUCACCCAAUAUUUUAGAUUACCGUAUUUUCCAGACUAUAACUCACUUCGGAGUUUAAGUCGCACCUGCCAAAAAAUAGAUAAUAAAGAGGAAAAAACAGAAAACGCACUGGAGUCUAAGUCACAUUUUUAGGGGAAAUCUAUUUGAUAUAUGUGCAGCAGGGGCUGCAUGGUGGAACAGCUGAAGAGAGUUGGCGUCACAGUUACGAGGACCAGGGUUAAAAUUCUGGCCCUGCCUGUGUGGAUUUUCCAUGUUCUCCCAGUGCCUCGGUGGGUUUCUUCCCACAUACCAAAAACAUGCAUUGAUUUGAGAUUCCAAAUUGCCCCAAGGUGUGAUUGUGCAUGUGACUGUUGUCUUUCUCUGUCUGUUGUCUCCAACCCUGUGAUUGGAUGGCAACCAGUUCAGUGUGUAUACUACCUCCUACCCAAAGAUAUUUGUGAUAGGUUCCAGAACUCCUGUGACCCUUGUGAGGAUAAGUGGCUCAGAAAAUGGAUGCAUGUAUAUAUAUUUUGACAUAUUAGACCAAUAUUCUAGCUUUUGCAGAUCAGAUAAACUCAAAUCAGAUCAUCAGCCGUUUGGGGACCUUUGUUAUGGGUCAAAACAAUAAAGUUGGUUCACCGAAUACAAGAAUUAUGACUGUCAAUCAAUCAGAGUAAUUACUUUCAUUUUACACAUUUACAUUAAAAGCUUCUUGAUCGUGGCUAUUUCUACUGGCACACAUGAGGGUCUGAGCCUGAUACUGAGAAGAGAAUCUCUGACCACAAACUGUGCAGGAAUAAGGUUUCUCACCAAUAUGCGUUCCUGUGCGUGAUUCUAAGUUUCCCUUCUGAGCAGUCACUCACAUUUGAAACAUGUACAGCUGUGGUCAGUCAUGUUCCAAGAUAAUGUUACGGGUGUGACUAGGGAUGGAAUUUCAAGACCUUAAAAUAACUUAUUGGAUUAAUAUAACAUAACUGUAAAUUAAAAAUAAAAUAAACAAAUACAUAACUAAAAUAGAAAACAACAAUUUCAAACUCAGAAAUGAUAAUUUCCAAUUUCAACUGAUAUUAGUAGAACAUUAUAUUAAACGGUAUUUAACAUUUUUCAUCAAUAAAAAUUUUUGAUCUGACAAACUAUCUGAAGAAAAGUUAAAUGCACUGGACUGUCAAGGAAUAAACACGAAUGGUCUAUACCUGCAAUGUUUUGAAAAUACUGAAAGUUUAGCUCAACAUAAUCGGCGUUAGUGGCAAUAAGCUAGCGAUAUAUUGUAACAAACAUUCCUGUUGGCAAUCGUGAUGUAUUGUUAUAAUCUAGCGUAAUUUACGGUGGUCUCUAUUGUCAAUCCAUUGAUGAGAGCUGACAGUAGAUGAUCUAUAUCUCCCUAAAGCAUGUAGAGUGGAAAAGCUUUCAACUUCAAGAUAAUGACCGUUAGAACUUAGAUCAAGUCAAAGUAAAUCACAAUCUUACAUGUACUAUAGUUGGCUGGGCGGGAGUGGGGGGAGGGGUGCACGCGCGCUACACCGCGACUGCCGUAAAUAGGAGCCCGUCUUGCUAGAACACACCUUUAUGUGCGUGCGCUCAAUGUAUUGACCACACUUGAAUCAAGCAACGAGGUGGAUGAUAGUCUAACGUCUUUUUUUUUAUGGGCACGCCGUCAAAUGAUCAACCAAAACUGCCUCACGAUCGACGCUGUUUCCGGGUGAAUACUGAUUGUUUAGGAGUAGGCUUGUUUAGUUAACAACGUUUAUGAAAUAAACACGUAAAUAAUGUCAUAACUAAACAAAAUAAGUGACGUCUUUCAAUAUCUAUUUUUUCUACUCUUAAAUUUUACACAUGUGCUUUUUCAUGCUCGACUGUGCAGAUUUGCAAGCACGAAAGCGCAGUCGCUCUGGUCAAAUGUGAGUGACUGCUUCUGUGUGUUCCUGAGUCUGAUUUUAAAGCCCAAGUGUCAUGCCUAUAAACAUCCUAAAGUAGAUAUUGUAAUGAAAAAUACAUAACAUUAUUCACUUCAAUGUCUCAACAAAAAAAUAAAUAUGAGCGGAGAUUUAGUUAUGACAUUUACGUGUUUAUUUCAUAAACGUUGUUAACUAAACAAGCCUGCUCCUAAACAAUCAGUAUACACCCGGAAACCAUCUACGCGCAAAGUUGCAGAAGUCUCAAUCAACAUUCAAGUGGUAGCCAUAUUGGCUGCUUCUUCUGUCUGUGACCUCACACUGGGACAUUCGCCAUUGAAAAAACGAUGUACCACCUACUAAGGGAGACGAACACGCCCCUUCUGACACGGAAGCUCUUUGCGAAGAAGAGAACGUCUCACAACCGAGUGAAGUGACCGGGGCAAUAUUACGUCCUUUGCACCUGUGCAAUUCAUUUUUCAAGACGAACCAGGUUUUGGAAAAGCAUGAAAACAGAAUCCAUCAUCCCAAGUGUUUGAGCAAUAUCCAGCAAUACAACGAGCCGGCAUUUUGGCUAACACGAACGAACAACGAGCUACCGUCCAGCAGGUAAAACUAGUAGACAAACCGCUUGAGUGCGCUACUGACUGUACGUCACUUCCUGUUUCUUCUCGAAAACAAAUCCCUCGAGAGGAUUUUCAUGGCGGGUGUUACAAAAAGCCAUGUACGUCAAAAUCAUGUUUUGUGGUGAAAGAACGGAUGGGUCCAUACUGGCUGCCGUUUUUUCAUUAAAAACACACUAAAAAUCAUGCAUUUCACUAGUGAGAAACCUUUUUCCUGCUCAGUUUGUGGUAAAAGAUUCUUCCAGAAGGGAACCUUAAAGGUUCUCACUCAUACAAUAAUAGCCAAUCAGAUAGCCGCAUUGUCUUAACCCCUGGCUUGACACGCCCCUCUCGCCAUAUUGUCCCACAAGCAAAGCUGGUUGUCAGUAGUGUGUGCUUGGAAAAGUUAAUGUUAGAAGAAAAUGGUCCUCAGAUGCGGUUGGGGAACGUGCAAUUCUGAUGAAGGAUAUCCUGCUAGGUUACAAGGGGCCAGGUUGAUUAAUUUUCCAGAUUUUCCUAAAACAGAGUUGACGAAGUGUCUACGAUGGAUUAAGGCUCGCGGAAGAGUGCUGAAGUAAGAAUAAUUUUAUUGUGUUGUUUUUCCAUAAUUAAAAGAUGUUUCGCAAUAGCUUCGUAUAUAUUUCGCAAUAGCUUUGUAUAACUUAAAAGACGAUCGCAAUAGCUUUGAAUAACCAGCAAUGUCAUAAAAGGAUGUUUGGAUAACCAGCAAUGUCAUAAAAAGAUGUUUUUGUGUUAUAUGAUGUCGUGCAACGCCAUCUGUUGGUAACAAAGAAUAGUGUGGCGUCAGGCGGGAUGAAUUGGCCACUCACCCCUCCUUCCGCACACGCUUAGAGUAUAAAAGGAGAACUUUGGAUACUCUCGGUAGAGUCUGCUGCGGGUUGCGUACGGACGCCCAGCCGGUAUUGAAGCUGCUCUACCUGGAGUGUUGGCUCUCCCUCCUAUUGGCGCACGUGGUAACCAUAUCUGUUGCAGCUUGGUGGGUGCUUGUUGAAGUGGGAGCUGUUGAUUGGACGACCCUCGACGGGAGGACGCAGAGAUGGAGGACAUCUGGCGCCGAGGAAUUGGAAAUGACUGGGUCAUCUGCCUCCUUGCCGUUGGUGCCAUGGUCCGACUCUCCUGGGGAAUGACCGAAGGUCAUGCGUGCGAGCAACAUCACCUGUGAUCUUCCCAUAAUGAUGUGUAAGGUGACAGUCUCCGCUUCCUGCGUCAUGUGUAUGUGGGAUUCGGACGAAUGGAGAUAUUGGGGGUGUCAUGCUGAUCAUCGAGGAACGACUUGGACGGCAAUUGCAGAAGAGGAUUUCAUCAUCGGGGAGGUUGGGGAUGAUGGUGAUAUGAGGUGGGGGUAUUAUAUCACGGUCAUUUCUAAAGAAACAAUGACGCCAAAAAUAACUCAAACACACUUGACUCCCAUUCUUGACACCUGUACACACCUAGCUCAAGCAGUGGUUGAAACCAAGAUAUACUGGACAAUUCACUUUCCCCCGAUUCCGAUAUGUAAUAGAAUAAAAAGGGCAUGGUAUGAUACAUUGUUGGGGGGAACGGGAACCGUAUUGGGAUUGGCAAAUACUGCUGAUAAUGAGGUAACUAGGACCAUGCUGUCCAAUACUGGAGAACACUCUGCCAGGGCCUUGCAUCAAAUAGGGGUUUGGCUUCCUAAAGCUCUGGUGGGACAAAAAGAAAAUGCAAAACUUUGGAAAACAGUGUUUAAUUGGGAUAUCAAAUUAUGGGACGAAGCAGAGAACGUGCUUCAGAACUUGACAGAACAGAGUAGCUGGACAGUAUGUAGUAUUCAAACUCUACACGCUGCGGCUCAAAAGGAGUCGUUUCUAAGGAUAGUUACGUCGGGAAAUUAUCAAGAGUGGCGGAAGGUUUGGAACAUUUCCGACUCUUUGUGGUUGACAUUACAUCCCGAACAUACCAAAUGUAACAAAAAUAAAUGUACGGGGUAUUGGACCCAGUACAACGUGACGACAACAAAGGUGGUUUGUAAAUAUCAGGUUUUGCCUGUUAUAACGACAAGUGGAUAUUGGUUUUUACACAUGGACGGAGAAUGGUUUGAACCAAAAACCAACAAAACCUUUAAAUCAGACUUAUGUGAUUUAACAGACCAAGGGUUGGCUUGCAGAUUACAACAUGCGUACUCGAAUCCGUGCCUAACCGACUCAGAGGUUGUACUUUGUGAUUGGACUAGGGAGCCAGUCAGAGAGAUGAUGUGGCAAGUUGGACCGCAUACUCUGUGUGGCUACAACACAAAAUAACUCACAAGUACUUUCGGUUCCUUUUGUAGGAUGCCUUCAAGAUGUACACACAUGGCGCUGGGGAAACAUGACGUAUUGUUUGACUAACUAUUCGGAGUCCCGCAGGUUGACUCCGGUCCAGUGGGAGGUACUACGCUCCCCCUGGUCAGUGUCUCUGGAACGAUUCAAAUGUGCAUUGGAGAGUUCUACAGACAUCCAAAAACUCAUCAAGUCACAUGCAUCUAACAUUUCCAGUCUCAUGGUGUCAACUAUGGUAGUAAAAGGGGAAGUAGUGCAUGCCGCUAAAUUAGUACAACAGGCGUCAGCUCAUCAUUGGUGGGACAUCUUCACAGGAAUGUCCUCCACUGCGCGUACUACUUUCUUGCCACCCUUGAUCGUGUUAAUGAUUGUUAUUUGUGUGCUUACGCUAUGCAAUAUGGGAACUUGCUAUUAUGUGCGACGCAUCCGUCUUGAGGUAGAGAAGGAAAUAUAUAAUCGCCUAUAAUCAAUUGCUUACAUUUUGAAUGAUGGAAAAACAUUAAGAGUGGAAUGAAGUAAGAAUAAUUUUAUUGUGUUGUUUUUCCAUAAUUAAAAGAUGUUUCGCAAUAGCUUCGUAUAUGUUUCGCAAUAGCUUUGUAUAACCUAAAAGACGAUCGCAAUAGCUUUGAAUAACCAGCAAUGUCAUAAAAGGAUGUUUGGAUAACCAGCAAUGUCAUAAAAAGAUGUUUUUGUGUUAUAUGAUGUCGUGCAACGCCAUCUGUUGGUAACAAAGAAUAGUGUGGCGUCAGGCGGGAUGAAUUGGCCACUCACCCCUCUUUCCGCACACGCUUAGAGUAUAAAAGGAGAACUUUGGAUACUCUCGGUAGAGUCUGCUGCGGGUUGCGUACGGACGCCCAGCCGGUAUUGAAGCUGCUCUACCUGGAGUGUUGGCUCUCCCUUCUAUUGGCGCACGGUAAGAGCUGGAUAUUCUUCUAAGAGCUGGUUGGAUAUUACUUAGCUUCAUACCACGUGAUUUGUGCUUGUGCUUGUGUUACCAUUUCUGUGUGGGACCAAUAAAGUGCCAAUUGUUGGUAGCCAGAAGUAUGUCUUGUCUUCAUUUCUGAGUGCCUAUCUCCGACGAACCUAUUAAAAUUUGAUACCGAACUCCUGAGCGAGGUAUCAGAAAUGUUUUAAAACAAGUGCACGUACAACUAAGUGUCAACAAUAUCAACAAACACAAGUCUGUAUGUUCGAAGGUAAGUAAGGAAGAAGUAACUUCUCUGAGUUUGAUUUAAUUAUUAUCAGUGCUUUAUACAUUGCAGGAGAACAACUUUCACUUUGUUAGUGUAUGUAUCACUGACUUGAUGAAUGAAGUAUGUUUUAUGCCAAAGAGUCAGGUUAGUGAUAUGUAAAUGCGGGAUUUGAUCCAAGAGAAAUGUCUAUUUUCCUAUUUGUAUCACAUCAGAGUUUUAAGACAGACCACUGGGUUCCAUUAUGAGUUGAGUCAAAUGAAUACACACACUCACUUAUAAAGACUACAAUGAUAUUACUGGUGAUCUUCACAAGUAAACAGUACUCACUCUGCUUUACCUGUGCAGUACGAUUCCACUAUUUUAUCCUGUUGGAUUCCAAUAUAAGUUUGUGAGGCAUCAAACUUUUUCAUCUGGUGACUACGGUACUGACUGAGUUAAUCACCAUUGUUUAAAUGUGGAAAAUCGAACCUAACUCACUUAUAAAGACUCCAAUGAUAUUACUCAUGAGCUUUCCAAGUAAAAAGUACUCACCCUGCUUUACAUGCACACUAUGAUUCCACUAUUUUAUCCUCUUGGAUUUCAAUAUGAACUUUGUGAGUCGUCCAACUUUUUUUGCAUCGAUCGCCAACGUUUCGCUGUAACUCUGACAUUGGGUCCUGCUCCGUCCAAAACCUUAAUUCCGUGUACAUAUCCUUGCGUGAAAUAGUUGAGACCUCUCUGUGGAACUCUCUUGGACAAGUGUGACGCAUUUGGCAAAAAACAUACCGCAAUACUAUCGGGAAUAUGCGAUAGAGCAUCCACUUCAAACACGUUCUAUUCAGUCGCCAUUUUGGAAGCUUGUGGGACAUGGCAAAUGUAGCUUAAGAGGCGGUGGCGCUUAAAAUCGUCAGUCAGAAAGGUCAAUUAACUGCGAAAAAUGAGGGAUUACUGUUUUGCUUUUCUCAUCAGCACACUAGUGUGUCUGAGCCUGCGACUUUUCAGAAAACCUUUGACCACAAAUUGAGCAAGGAAAAUGUUUCUUACCAAUGUUUUCUCGUGUGUACAGUGUGCCUAAUCGCGGUUCACUUUUGGCAACCCCACAUACACACAGUUUUUUUUUUUUACUACUUACCUCGAGGUUGUCAUGGUUCUGCCGGUCCAGCCUGGGCUGUGCAUGUUCCCGCACAGUCGCACUGAUUAGGAGACGCACACCUGCGCCUGAUUGACUCCGGUAGAUAGAGGACCCAGGGGACGACUGGUCCGGCACCAGAUCAUUGCAACUCAUGCCCCGUUCCUGCACUCCCGUACUCUUGAUCGUCAACCCUCGUGUACCGACCUUCGCCUGUCCUCCGACCAACCCCGUAAGCAUGACGUCUUUGAUACUCCUACCUGCUCUGAUCAAUCUUCCGUGUACGGACCCCUGCCUGCCCGCGGACCUGCUCUUUAAGCCCGACGUCCUGAUUACCGCUGCCCCACUUGACUGUCUACCUGAUCCUCGACUUUGGACUGAAUAAACACUUUUCCCGAACUACCUUUCCGUCUACGGAGUCCUGCAUUUGGGGUCCUCCCUCUGUCUCGAUGGGUCGUGACAGAGGUCUUAAAUUCUCUUCUAAAAAGACGGGGCGCCACUUCAGACAUGGCACCUUACAAUGUGAUGCACCUAAUGUGCACACUGAGUUAGAACAUUUGCAAAUGUUGUUGUGUGACUCAUCCAACAAGUAUACUUGAAAAGACUGGUUACACUGUUAGCAUGCAUGCCUGCAACUGUUUUAGCAUGUAUGUAAGCUACCACAUGAUGGCAUUCAUGAGGCAGUGAGAAGCAAUGGACCUUUCCGCCAUGUCAAUCACUCACACAAUAACAGCCAAUCUGAUACCCGCAUUGUCUUAACCCCUGGCUUGUCCCGCCCCUCUCCCAGCCAUGUCCCACAAGCAACACUUUUUGUCAGUAGCGUGCGUUUUGAAAAGUUAAUGUUAGGAAGAAAUUGGUCCUCCGAUGCGCAUGGGGAACAUGCAAUUCUGACGAAAGAUAUCCUGCUAGAUUACAAGGGGCCCAGUUGAUUCAUUUUCCAAAGCCUAAAACACAGUUGAGGAAGUGUCUACAAUGGAUUAAGCCUUGCAGAUAACCUCUCGUACAACUCAGUCUGAAAAAUAUCAACACAAGGCUGUAUGUUCGAAGGUAAGUGAGGGAGAAAUAACGUAAAUGGAUGAUGUCAUGCAAGAGAAAUGUCUAUUUACCUAUUUGUAUCGCAUCUGACUUUUAAGACAGAGCACCGGGUUCCAUUACGAGCCAAGUCAAAUGAAUACACCAACUCACUUAUAAAGACUACAAUGAUAUGACUCGUGAUCUUUCCAAGUAAAAAGUACUCAUCCUGCUUUACAUGCUCAGUACGAUUCCACAAUUUUAUGCUGUUGGAUUUCAAUAUGAACUUUGUGAGUCGUCCAACUAUUUUUGCAUCGAUCCCCAACGUUUCGCUGUAACUCUGACAUUGGGUCCUGCUCCGUCCAAAACCUUAAUUCCGUGUAGAUAUCCUUGCGUGAAAUAGUUGAGACCUCUAUGUAGAACUCACUUGGACAAGUUCGACGCAUUUGGCAAAAAACAUACCCCAAUAUUAUAUGGAAUAUGCGAUAGAGGACCCAGUUCAAACCUAUUAUGUUCAGUCACCAUUUUGGAAGAUUGUGGGGCAUGGCAACUGUAGCUAAGGGGGGCAGAGCUGAAGAUCGCCAGUCAGAAAGGUCCAUUGCAUUUCACCUCUGUAAGCAGCAGAAGCUUACAUCACCCCACAUACUGCCUCUCUAGGCAGGUCAUUGCUGACAAAAGCAUGCUGGAUGCAGCGUUUAAAGUGCAUGUUUUGUGUCAUUAUUUCUUGAGUCCUUCUUUUAUUUGUUUUAAUUAUCUGCUAGUUAUGCUAUUCUGUUUGUUGUGGUGUGAUAAUUUUAGUUUUGAUGUGACAUCGUGAGUGUGCAGAACAUCGUCAUUAAUGACCUGCCUACACAGGCAGUGUGUGGAACAAUGUCAGAUUCUUCUGCUUUCAGAUGUGAGAUACAAUUGUUUCUCAUUAACUCGUGAGUGCCAUCAUUAGUUGGUAGCUUACAUACAAACUAAAACACGUGCUGACAUGCACGCUGACUGUGUAACCAGUGUGUAUUAAUAAUGCAUCCAUUAUUUGUUGAUUUUUGUUAUUUGCGGGUGUGUAAGUAAGAAAACUCCCAUGAAUAACAGGGAGACACUGUAUUUUCAAUUUUCCCUUGAGUGAAUUUGUGACCACAAACUGAGCAUGCUAGAAGAUCCUCACCAGUGUGUAUUUUCACGUGUUGUUUGAAAUUGCUCUUAGAAACUAAUGUUUUCCGACAUUGAGAACAUUUCCAGCAUGUGUUGGCAGUGUAA